AUGGCUAUGAUGGACCCGUCGCUCCAAGGCAUCACUACCAUCUUCUUUGACUUUAUGGGAACAUGUCUUGACUGGCAUACUGGGGUAACGGCAUCGUUUCCUGACCGAAUUCCUCUGUCGACAAGGACACAGCUUUCGCUAGCAUGGCGGGAGAGUUUCUUCGCCGAUAUCCACUCUCGGUUCGAGAAGGGACUGCCACCAGAGGAUAUUGACCGCACUCACGCACGACUCCUCGCACAACUACUCGAGCAUGAGUUUGGAGACUGGUCGUUGAGCGAAGCUGAACAAGCUGCUGCUGUUCGCUCAUGGCAUGCGAUGCGGGCCUGGCCUGAUAUAUCGAUGACUUUGCAGCAUCUCAGAGCCAAGUACGAGGUCUAUGUCGUUGCCAACGGCACCACUCGCCUCCAGGUCGACUUGGCCCGCUCAUCUAACUUGCAUUUCGAUAUGCUUUUCUCCAGCCAACUGCUUGGCCUCACCAAACCAGAUCCAAAUUUCUAUCUGCGGGCCCUCGACCUCGUUGCAGCCCGUCCACAUGAGACUCUUAUGGUGGCUGCCCAUGCCUAUGAUCUGCGUGCUGCAAAGGACGUUGGCUUCAAGACCGUCUAUAUUCAACGAGAAACAGAGGACUUGUCCGAGUCUAUGGAUCAGGUCAAGCGUGAUGUCCAUUUCUUCGUCGACGGUCGAGAUGGAUCCACUUCAUGUGGCCUAGCAGGAGUUGCAGCGCUACUAGGUGUGGAACUCGAGGACAAACUGCCAGUAUAA